CAGAAACAUCUACAGAUUCUGAAAGUGAGAUAGAAACCUCAGAGGAUAAGCAAAAUCAGGAACUACAGAAGAGUGGAUCAGCUGACCGACAGCUGUUUACACGCUGAAUCGCAGUUGGCCCAGCAAUCUUUACAGAGCAUGGAGAAUCUGCUAGCAGCAAACCCCAGGAUCCUCCAGCAGUUAAGGGAAGAGCUACAACAGCUGUUGAGACGUCGGUUGCAGGGACUAGGGGUGGAUCCAAGCUGGGGUGCAUUGCCUCCCUCCACCUUCUCUUCCAAGAUGGCUACUCUCUCCCAUCAGCGUCAGAUCACUGCCAAGAAUCACAAGAUCUACUAUACUCUGAGGGACAAGUUGAGCCAUGAUGCUGACACAGCUGCAGCUGCUCGCAGAAUGUCUGCAGACCAGCAGACUGCAGAGGACAGUCUAUUGUCUCGCUUGCGGAGGAAGGCAGCUUUGGUCAUAAACGCAACCAAGUUCACUUACCACAUGGAAUCACUGAAAAAGAAAGAUGGUGUAACCAAAUCAAGCGCAACACAAUUCACCAAGUCUCAGCCUUUGGCUUCUUCUAGUCCUAAGAUGUCUUCUAGUCCACUGAUAGCUUCUAAUUCCCCUCAACAAGCAGCAAGCAACACAAGUUAUGAUAGUGCAAAUUUGGUGAUUCCAAAGAUCCAAGCUACAUCUGCUGAAGACUCACUGUCACUGUUGUCGUCCUGUGAAGAGGAAGAGGAAGAGGAGGACAAGCAGAUCACUGUCCAAGUCACAGCUCACCUCAAGCCUGUCACCAGCUCUGAGACUGGCUCAUACAAGAGUGCCUUACGUAAUGCUGUCUCCACAGGCAGUCUUGCUAAAAAGAAGGUUCUCUUUGUUGAUGAAGCCAUUAAAGAUGACAAGAGGUCCUUGAGUGAGAGUUCAGUGAUAGCAUCUCACAGUGUAGGUGCUACUCGCAGUCAGUCUGUAGCUAGUCUCGUACAGGAGAUCCAACAGCAGUUGGGACAGAGAAGUGGGAAGCCUGCCAAUUCGGUGGAUCUUCUGAGUCUACCCGAGGCAGCAUCGAAGGAUACUAUGGAAUUACCUCUCAGUCAGAUCCUGCCCCUUUCACGCUCAGGACGGGAACUGCUGCAAGGUUCACUCGGACCUGAGCCGGCAGCUGCUGCCAGGAAGAGACAAGGGAUGAAUGUGCUACAGCUGCCGUCUGUGCUCUCUCCCCCUCACAGCAUCAGCAGCCUGGCCAGUUCCCAGCUAGACUCUCCCACCAGCAACCUAGACUGGGCCCUACAGGAUCUGGAGGAUAAUCUUAGAGAGUGAUGUGCUGUCAGUCCGAGUACAGCAUUCAUAAGUGACAUGAACCAUUUUAAACAGCUAGUGAAGCGAGUAAAGAAAUAGACGAAGAAAAUCUUCCUACUUUUAUUUAUAUAACCAAGUGAAAUCUUUCUAAAAGCAUACAUGUAAAUAUAACUUACAGACAGUACAUGAAUUCACACGAUUGUGGCAGACACAGUAGUGUGCGUGCUGUGGUGAUGGACUAUUUAAGAUCGCUUAGUAUAAAGCUGCAGUGAAGGUGUUGAAUAAAAUUUAUCGUCAUUAUAAUGUGAGACUGAAUAAACAUUGUCUUAUUCUAAAAAUCAUUAUUCAAUAGUGAUGAGUAUAACACUAGCGUUGCAUGUAUUAAUGACCCAUUUUUCACAUACAAACAUCAAUAUUUUUAUACCAGUAUCACUUGCACAAAUCACUUAUUUAUAAAUAAACUAGUUAACUCUCUAUAACAUUUUUUGCACCAAAGUUAGUUUUAAGCUUAGUAUAUGUCAUUUUCUGAGUAAUUAGAUGUUUCUGAAGUGCCUUAUUGUUACAAACAUUGUGUUUAUUUAUGGCACAGAGAUAGAAAAUUCCUAAGACAAAAUGCACUACUGGAAAUUGUAUAACUAGUUAAGUAAUAAAUGUGUAGUCAAUUUAUAAUAUAAGGUAAUUUAGGAAUUAAUAACAUAAAUAACUCCACCAAAGAUGUUAAGUGAUUAUUUUAUAUUGUUAUAAUAGUUUGAUUAAAUGUUGAAUGUGUUUUGAGU